UCGAUACAUAAAUAAAAUGGUAAUAAUAAUUACAACAUAUUGUUUCUUGUCCUCAAAGUUGACUGUUGUUGCAAGAAUAAUAUUUUACGAAAUCGUCAAGUGAGUCAUAUCUAUUAUCAUGCAUUUCAUCUGUAAUAUUACAUAUAUUGUAGUUAUACACUGUAGUUUUAUCCGUUCGAUUUUGAUAAAUGUGAACAAUUUUGUUACACAUUUAUCAAAACCAAUAAUUACUUCAUUGCUGACAGAUUAAAUAUUUUACGAGUGCACGAUACUACUGUGUGCGCUGACUGAUAAUUUCCGUAAACUUGCAACAUCAUGGACACAGGUGCUGAUACUCGAGUGUUGCUUUGAAUAAGAUUUUUAUUCGUUUCCGAGCUUAUCAAGCUUUUAGGGCCAGGUGUUCGAUUAGAUGUUAUCGGGCGAAUAUAUAUAUAGCCGCCUGUCGCAAAUCGAAAAGUUACAUCGUCUGUCAAUUCUUUCACGAGGAAACACCAGCAUGAGAGCCUUCGUCUUUGCUUGCAUAAUUGCCGCAUUCUGCGUCACGGCGUCUCUACAGGACACCCCGUAUUAUUCGUGCUCCGGUGAACCUUCGCCCUUGGCAUUAAGGAUAGACGGAUGUGACAGUUCUCCUUGCAUCAUCUACAAAGGCACCACUUUAACCGCGCAAUGGGACUUUGCCGCUGUUAACGAUGUGAAAGAAUUGAAACCGAGCGUAAUAGUAACGCUAUUGGGCAACAAGAUAACAUAUCCGUAUCCCGAAAAGGAUGCCUGCAAGUCCCUGGUAAGCGGCGAAUGCCCGUUGAAGAAAGGUGCAAAGGCCACGUAUAAUCUUGAGAUGCCAAUAGAUAAAAGUCUACCGUCUGUGAGUCUGAAUAUCGAAUUCGCCCUAGUCGACGACAAGAAGGAAGUGCAGGUGUGCUUUAGUGUGGACGCAAAGGUGACCACCAAAUAAGGCUGUUUCUCUCUCAUCGAGAUUAUGACACGAUUAUGAUAACAAAGCAUAUAUCACGAAGUAAUUCUGUUCCGCUAUCUUAUUUUUCCUACAAUGUGUCUGAAUUGUAUCUAAAAUCGAGUGUGUUUAAUAUUUUUCAAUUUUUUACGUUCCGGGAUACAUGCGCGAGCUAUCGAGAUGAAAUGGAUGAGCAUUUAAUUAUAAGAUUGCGCGAGAUCUCUUUCUCCUAUAUAUGCGAGGUUCAAAAAACAAAAUUAAAAUGAUUUGGCUGUAAAAUUCUUGGUAGCAAUAUUUAUCUGAUAUUAUGAUGUGAUAAACCGCAAUGAUUAGAAUAUCAAGCGACUGUAUCUUUACCCUCGAUGUAACGAGAUAACUGGCCAAGUAAUUCUUUUUCUACCCAUGAAUUUUGAAAUGGAAACAAAAACGAAAGUAAAUAAUUGAUUAGACAGAAUUACGAUAAAUUUGUUAAAAAGCUAUAGAAACUAUUAUAAUAAUUUUAAGAUUUGUAAUUGAAUGAAGUAGUCAUUUAAAAUAAAGUUUACGACUAAUAUGUU